AUGGAAGAAGUUCAAAACAUAGGAACGGAACGAGAACAACUAAGAAAUUCUCGAGAAGCCAACAGUCAGGAGCAAGAAGACACGCAGCCGAGAGACUGCUUCGAUGCUAAAGAUUCAGCACAGGCCAUAAGACGGCGCGAAAUCGAGCAGGAGGUUUACCAAGUGCGACAAGCCGAGUUGAGAUUUCUACGUCACACCCAAGAACUAAUGGAAAGGCCAACGGGCCCACAGAGAAGAUUUGAACGAGGUGAAAUUCGUCUCAGCGGGGAACGAUUUAUGCGUUGCGCUUUUCUGAAGCGAUCGGAGAACAAUACUCUGACUAAUGCCACGUAG